UCAGAGGUCAGUGGCGACCCAAAAUGUCGGUGGGAGCGCUCACGUCCUUGAGCCGCUGUGGCCUCCAGGCUCUUCGGUCUCCCGUAGGAUUGGUGGCCGUCAGGUAUGUCCAGACAGCAGCUGCCCCUGCGACACAACCCCGGAUCAAGAAGUUUCAGAUAUACAGAUGGGACCCUGACACUCCGGGAGACAAGCCUCGCAUGCAGACCUACGAGAUCGACCUCAACACAUGUGGGCCCAUGGUUCUAGACGCCCUGAUUAAGAUCAAAAAUGAAAUGGACUCCACACUGACCUUCCGUCGCUCCUGCAGAGAAGGUAUUUGUGGAUCAUGUGCUAUGAAUAUCAAUGGAGGAAACACGCUGGCAUGUUUGAACAAAAUCGACGGAGACCUGAAUAAAGCCACCAAGAUUUACCCGCUGCCACACAUGUAUGUGGUCAAAGAUCUGGUCCCUGACAUGAGUAACUUCUAUGCCCAGUACAAGUCCAUAGAACCGUAUCUGAAGAAGAAGGAUGAGUCAAAGGAGGGGAAGGAGCAGUACCUGCAGACUGUGGAGGACAGGCAGAAGCUGGACGGUUUGUACGAGUGCAUCCUGUGUGCCUGCUGCAGCACCAGCUGUCCCAGCUACUGGUGGAACGGAGACAAAUACCUGGGACCGGCUGUGCUCAUGCAGGCUUACAGAUGGAUGAUUGACUCUCGAGACGACUUUACCUCUGAACGUCUGUCCAAGCUGCAGGACCCUUUCUCUCUGUACCGCUGCCACACCAUCAUGAACUGCACCAAGACGUGUCCCAAGGGACUGAAUCCAGGAAAGGCCAUUGCUGAGAUCAAGAAGAUGAUGGCCACAUACAAGGAGAAGAAGGCGGCGGCCGCCGUCUGAGCUCUCACUCCUCCUGCCCAUCCUCGCCCUCCAAAAUUAAGUUAUGUAUCGAUGAAAUGGUAUCGAGGGUGUGACCGGGUCAACACUCGGGUCUGUGGCCAGGCUGACGACCCCACAAGUCUGAGGAACGUGGGGUCAUUCAAACGCACAUGUACAGAGUAGCCGAAGAGGAGAAAGGUGUGACUCUAAUAUGUAGAGUGUGAGAGUGUGUGUGUGAGAGAGAUGCUGCGUAUCUCAAACCCAUGUAUCUGUGGCCACCUUCGCCGCUCAGUUCAACAACUCCGACAGUCAACUGUACUCUGUUUUAAUUAAGAAUAAAUCAUUCUGAAUCUUA